ACGUCAUCAGCAUGCGCCCCCUCCACACUUAGGGCCUCAGAAUUUUGAGGUUAGGUUCAUUCCGGUUAAUUCUCCGCCUGUCUGUGUCUUCCACGUGAAAAGUAGAAAAGUAAGGAGAGCCGCUCAAAACAAACAUAAGGAACAACAGCGAAAUGUCUUGUUUUAGCGGAGACCCAAACUUUUGCCCAGAGUGCGGCAAUGUCCUACCUUUACCUGGUGCACCAGAUACCAUCACAUGUCCCCGGUGUGCCUUUAUUAUCUCUGUGCGGGAAUUAGCAAAUCAAGUAAUUACAUCGUCCGUUGUGUUCAACCCGUUAGAACUAGUGGUCAGCACUGGGGAUAAUGUGGAAGAUUCUGAACUAAAAGGCCCAGUGAUUGACAGGCGGUGUUCCAGAUGUAACAAAGAAGGUAUGGUUUACCACACACGGCAGAUGAGGUCAGCUGAUGAAGGACAGACAGUCUUCUUCACUUGUAUACAUUGCAGGUACCAGGAGAAGGAAGACUCUUAAAGAAACAGAAUAUCUCACAUGAAGUGUACAAAUAUUUAAACUGAUUUGUUUGGAUUUGUGGUUGUUUAAGAAGUUGCUUUAUUUUCUGUGUAAUUUUAAUUAAAGAUAAUUCAGCGUCUUUACUGUGCUGAUACAGUGUUGCUUCAUGUUUAUGCUGGUAAACAAGUCAUUAUAGUAAUGAUGGAUAUUUUCAGCAAUAAACAAAAUUAUUGUCAUA